GAAAAAAUUAAACGAAAUAUUUUUUUUCGUAAGAAAAAUACAUAUCCACCAAAAAAAGAAGAGAGAGAGAAAUUUAAAAAUAAAAAAGAAAUCGAACAAGUGUUGGCUUUUAGAGAUUUUGUGUUUCGAGUCAUUUUUUUCUUGUAAUUUCGAAUCGAAUCGCGAUUUCUCGAGGAAACCCCACAAGAGAAAUAUUGGAAACGUGUUUUUGUUGGAAUUAAGAAAAACCAAAAAAAAAAAAAACAAAAAAAGAAAAGUCAUAACGAAAUAGAAAACAAAAAAAGGCAAAGAAAAAUUGAAAAAAAAAGAAGAAAAAACAAAAACUAGACCCCAGUGAAGUGAACGAAGUGAGUACGGGUUUGGAGUUGGUGUCCAAACCAAUCGUUUGUCUGCCUGUCUGUCUGUUGGGUGUUUUGAACCCAAGUGUGGGGUGGCAGCGUAUCGAACGGAAUUUCAAUACCAAAGACACUCAACGGUGACAGUCCGGCACAGAAACUGUGCGGCCACUUGAAACCCUAGUUUUGUGCAAAGCUGAGUCUGAAAAAUUUCCAUUCCAUUUGGCGACGGAGUAGCAGAUAUCUGGUGCCACGCUUCAACGACAGCUUCUUCUUCUUCUUCUCGUGGAAUUGAAAAAAAUCCAUUACAUUUCAUAAGAUACCUGCUAAUAAUUAUAUGACAUAUUUACUAUGAAUGGACAAAAGCACAAACUUUGCACAAAACUCUCCAGCACAUAUCUGAGAAAAUGGUGGUGCACAAUCGGUGUCUCGGUCAUACUGCUGAUCUUGGGCAUCCUGGUGGCCUGUCAGUUUUAUGCCUUAAUUAAUACGGUCAUAAAUUACCAGGUGGCCCUGCGGCCGGGUGGCCAAACCUAUGGCUGGUGGGCCAAGCCUCCAGUGGAGCCAAAGAUUUCCGUCUACGUUUACAAUGUCACCAAUGCCAAUGAAUUCCUGAGCAAUGGCUCCAAGCCCAUUGUGGAUGAAGUGGGACCCUAUGUCUACACUGAAUCCUGGGAAAAGGUGAACAUUGUGCAAAACGAUAACGGUACCCUCACCUAUAGUCUCAAGAAAAUCUAUGUCUUCCGUGAAGAAUUGUCUGUGGGCUCGGAUGAUGAUGUGGUCAUUGUGCCCAAUAUUCCCAUGUUGAGUGCCACCUCACAGAGUAAACAUGCGGCCAGAUUUCUACGUCUAGCCAUGGCCAGUAUUAUGGAUAUUUUGAAAAUCAAACCCUUUGUCCAGGUGUCUGUGGGCCAAUUGCUGUGGGGUUAUGAAGAUCCCCUCCUAAAACUGGCCAAGGAUGUGGUGCCCAAGGAACAAAAACUGCCCUAUGAAGAGUUUGGUUUGAUGUACGGCAAAAAUGGUACCUCAGCGGAUCGUGUCACCAUUUUCUCUGGCGUCGAUGACAUCACCAAAUUUGGUAUUAUCGACAAAUACAAUGGCCGCUCCCAUCUGCAACAUUGGCUGACCGAUGAAUGUAAUGUCCUGAAUGGUACCGAUGGUUCUAUUUUCCCACCCCACAUCACAGAGGAUCGUGUUUUGCACAUUUAUGACAAGGAUCUGUGUCGCCUGAUGCCAUUGGUCUUCGAAAAGGAGGUGGUGACCAAGGGUGAUGUCAAGGGUUAUCGUUUCUCACCGCCCACCAAUGUCUUUGCCGAUGUCAACUCGAAUCCCGAUAAUAUGUGUUUCUGCCCAGCUGGCCAGCCAUCGUGUUCGCCCAAUGGAUUGUUCAAUGUUUCCCUGUGUCAAUAUGAUUCCCCAAUUAUGUUGAGUUUCCCCCACUUCUAUUUGGCCGAUGAUAGUUUGCGCACAGCUGUCGAAGGUAUUUCUCCACCCGAAAGAGAGAAACAUCAGCUGUUCCUUGAUGUGCAGCCUGACAUGGGCACCACUUUAAGGGCCCGAGCUCGGGUACAAAUCAACUUGGCCGUCAGUCAAGUGGUUGACAUCAAACAAGUUGCCAAUUUCCCCGACAUUGUCUUCCCCAUACUCUGGUUCGAAGAGGGCAUUGACUAUUUGCCCGACGAAAUUACCGAUCUGAUGAAAUUCGCCACCACGGUGCCGCCAAAGAUUCAGGUCAUCCUAACGAUUGUGUUCUUUGCCAUCGGUGCUCUGUUGCUGUUGAUCUCCGUCUUUUGUUUGAUACGUAAAUCCCAUCGGCAAAGUACCCUGCAUUUGGAGGGUUCAAACUACUUGGCCACCGCCCAGGUGGAUGCCCAGAAGAAGAAGACAAAAGAACAAAAACAAAAAUAUUAGGUUAACGAUUCCAGCGAUUUCCAGUCCCCGCCUUUACCCCGCCCUCUAGCAACGAAAUUCCCAUUCCUACAUCCUAGAAAAUUCCCAGUUCUUUUUUUUUUGCUUUCGUUUAAAUUCCCAUUAUUUUUUUCCCCAACCAGCCUAGUUAGGUCUUUGUACUUAAUACCUGUUUUUUUUUUUAAUUUUUUGUAAACAUUUUUGCAGACCGACAAAAAACACACAAUUUUUUUUUCACAAAUCUAUCAACUAUUAUUUAGGGUUAUAGGGUUAGUAAGAGAAAAAUAAAUAAUAAUUUUAAAUAAUAUUUUAAUAACAUAAAAAAAAGGAAAAGCGAACAAAGAAAUAUGUCAAACACUUAAUUUUAAAAAUAAUAAAAAAAAGUGAUCUUAUAUCUUUUUUUCGUGUGGGUGGCAUAUGUCGUAAAUAUAUAUAUAAUUAAAUAUAUAUAUAAAAAAACAUAUUUAUAGUUAAUAAGUUACAUACGUGUUUUAUUUUAAAUGAUGUACUAUAAUUUUAUAUAGUUUUUCCGAUUUUUGUUUUACUUUACUGUUUUUUUUUUACACUCUCUGUACUUAUUGUUUGUUUUGUACUCAUCAAUGUUUGUUAUUCACAUUUUUUCUAUAUUAAAUUGUUUUUCAUCUACCAGAACCUUAACAUAAAAUUUGAAAACCGCAGUAGUUAACGUUCUGUGAUUUGUCCGUUGAAGAAACGUAUCAUAGGUUGCGUUACGUUAACGUUGCGCUUUUAAAUAACAUGUCACAAACAAUUCUCUCACAGAUAUUCCCCCUACUUUGUGUAAUACUCUCAGUAAAUUCUCAGAGAGAAAUGGAAUAAAUUCCACGUUCCUCAUAAAGUCUCACCAGCAAAAUUCACAAAGCAAUUCUCUUUACUUCUCCGUUGUCAUUUGCCACAAAUUCUCAACUUCAAAUAUGGCUCUUUUGAAUUUUCGCUCUCUUACUGGAAUAAAGAGUCAGCAACAAUUCUCUCAAAAAUAUUCUACGGUGUAAUACUCUUAGAGACAUGAAAAAAAUAUCGAUUUCUCACAAGCAAGUGUCACAACGCUAAUUUCUUUUCCCCCUCUCUCGCUCUCUCUCUCUCUCUUCAUUUACUAAAUUUCCCAAUUUUAAAUUCCACAUAGUGUCUUGAUUUCCUUUAAAAAUUUUUCUAAUCUCCUUUUUAAUAAUAAUUCCCUACGUAAGGUUUAAGGUCAGCCAGCAGUGGAGAUGAGUCACAAAUAUAUUUUUUUUGUAAUGUUAAAUAAAUAAGAAAAUUCUACAAAAACAACAACAACCACAAAUAUACGAAUUAUUUUUAUUAUUAAUAUUAUUUUGCUGUAUUUUAAGUUAAAAUAUAAAUAAAAAAAUGUAAAUCAUUAAUGUGUAAUAGUUGCAUAUUUUGUAAAAGUAAAAUAAAAAAAUAAAAUACGAAAAAUUAUUUUUCGUUUUUAAU